AUGUGUAGUAGUUUUCGUUUACAGUUCUGCUUUGCUAUAUAGAAAGUUCUCAAGUUGAGAAACUUUAUACAAUUUUUCUAUGGAUUAUUUUGGGUUGUUACCAGAAGGUUGUGUAUCUGAUAUUAUCUCCUUCACUUCGCCAAAAGAUGCAGCUAUUUCUUCUGCUAUUUCAAGAGGAUUUAAGUCUGCUUCUGAAUCAGACACAAUUUGGGAAAAGUUUUUGCCGUCUGAUUAUCAACAUAUUAUCUCUAAAUCUGACUCUCAACUGGUUUUCUCCUCUAAAAAGGAACUUUAUUUCAGUCUCUGUGAUUCCCCUGUUCUUGUUGAUGGAGGCAAACUGAGCUUUUCACUUGAUAAAAAAACAGGGAAAAAAUGUUUUAUGUUGGCAGCAAGGGAACUUGCUAUUUCUUGGGGAGUUGAUACACCAUGGUAUUGGGAAUGGAUAUCUCACUCUGAAUCCAGAUUUUCAGAAGUGGCUCAUCUCAAGGGUGUAAGUUGGUUAGAUAUCCGAGGCAAGAUUGAAACUCAAAUACUGUCAAAAAGAACAAAAUAUGUUGCUUAUUUAGUGUUCAAAUUGGUAGAAGGACAUGAGGGACUAGAAAUUGCUAAUGCAUAUGUUAGAUUUGUGAAUCGCGAUAGCAAGAAGGAAGCUGAGGAACGAGCUAGCGUUGUGAGUCUAGUUGAACAAAAAGUUAAGAGAGGUAUUAAACGUAAUGUGAAACGUCCACGAAAAAGAGUUGAUGGAUGGAUGGAAAUAGAAAUGGGAAUUUUUUUCAAUGAAACUGGAGAGGAGGGAGAUGUUGAAGCGCGAUUAAUGGAGAUUACGCGACUUCAUGGGAAAGGUGGCCUCAUUGUUCAAGGAAUGGAGUUUCGACCAGAAUGAAGAAGAGAAGAAACAUAUACUCAGUUAUGUAUUCUUGAUAUAUAAAUAGUGAGAUAUUUUAUGGCUAUAUAUGGGCUAACUUUACUUCAAGAUGGAAGAAAUGAUUCAACAAGUUUUUUCC